AUGCAUUCAAUAGAUAAAGUUGAAGCGGGCGCAGAAGGUCAUGCGGUCGCAGUGGAGUAUAUCACAACAAAGCACGGCCAAUUAGACACUGAUCGAAGUGCCGAGCAUGACCUGACUCUCCGAUAUAUCGCUCGUCAUCAUCCUGCCAUACUAUGGUGGUGUUUCUACUGGGCCAUGGCUGCCGUCGGUUGGGGCUUUGAUGCGCAGAUCAACGGCGCCAUGAUCUCUGUCGCAGCCUUCCGACGCGACUUUGGACAUAUCGUGGAUGGCGAGGCUGUCCUUCCUGCCGACUGGCAGAUUGCUUUCAACACCGUCAGCAGUGUUGGCCAGUUCUUCGGCGGCUUCAUCUGCUCAUGGAUCUCGGAUCGCAUCGGGCGGAAAGGUUCCCUGCUAAUCGGCCUUACUUUCGCCACCGGUGGUAUCUUUGGCGAGGUGUUUUCCACUUCCAACGGUGCAUUUGUGGUCUCCAAGCUCAUCCUAGGGCUCGGUCUCGGGUUCUACCUCACCCUAGCGCCCCUGGCCACAUCUGAGAUUGCGCCAGUUGUUCUGCGAGGCAUCGCCUCUGCCGGGUGUAACCUUGGCAUUGCCGUGGGUCAACUACUUUCUAAUGCAGUUAUAAAAGCCUUCGGAGAGCGGACCGAUAACUGGGCAUAUCGCGGACCAUUUGCAGUCCAGCUUGCCUUCUGUCUCUUUCUUGCUGUUGGCCUUAUUUUCGCCCCAGAAACGCCAUGGUACCUUGCGCAUAAGAAGAAAACGGUGGAAGCCAAAAGUUCCAUCCGGAGGCUGUACGGUUCAGCUGUAGAUGCCGAUUUAAAAUUCGCCGUUUUGGAAGCAACAAUUGCCGAAGAAGCGGCCAGUACCGCGGAGAAGCCUUCUUUGCUGUCAUGCUUCAAAGGGACUGACCGACUGCGCACCAUGAUCAGCAUAGGUGUCUUUGUAUGCCAGCAUUUUGCGGGCAUCAUCUUUGUUCUCGGCUACUCUACCUACUUCUUCCAGCUUGCGGGGCUGGACACAUCCAACAGUUUCGAUCUCGGCGUGGGCGUCACUGCCUGUGGUGUGGCUGGCAAUCUGUGCAGCUGGUUUGUUGUCAACUCUUUCGGACGACGAAAGGUCUUCCUGAGCGGAAUGUGCAUAUUAACAGCCCUGCUUCUGUUAAUCGGCAUUAUGGAUGUCGUCCCCACGGGUGCCGCUAAGUGGACUCAAGCUGCGGCUACAGUGAUCUAUGCAUUCUUCUAUUUUGCCACAAUUGGAGCCAUGGCAUUCGCUAUUCUGGCCGAAACUAGUAGUACUUCGCUGAGGGCGAGUACUAUGUCACUUGCAACGGCUACGCAGGCGGUGAUGGGCAUUGCUAUGAACUUUGCCAUUCCCUACAUGGUGAACCCGGAUGAAGCCAACCUCAAAGGAAAAGUGGGUUUCAUUUUCGGUGGCCUGUCACUAAUUGCGACCAUGUGGAGUUUCUUCUAUGUGCCAGAGCUGGCGGGUAGGACGUUUGAGGAAAUCGACAGGAUGUUCGCCCUCAGGGUGCCUAUCAGGAAAAUGAAGAAAUACGCACCCCAAGGCGCGAACUAA